GGAAGUAGAAGGGACAGUCCGGGAAUUUUGGUAAAUACCGAACCUUCCCAGGUCGCUCGCGCUUGUGAGAAGAGUAGGAGGCAAAGAUGUCGGAGCGAAAAGUUUUAAACAAAUACUACCCGCCCGACUUUGACCCUUCGAAGAUCCCCAAACUCAAGCUCCCCAAAGACCGGCAGUACGUGGUGCGGCUGAUGGCGCCCUUCAACAUGAGAUGUAAGACAUGCGGUGAAUACAUCUACAAAGGCAAGAAGUUCAACGCCCGCAAGGAGACUGUGCAGAAUGAGGCCUACCUGGGCCUGCCCAUCUUCCGCUUCUACAUCAAGUGCACGCGCUGCCUGGCUGAGAUCACCUUCAAGACAGACCCUGAGAACACGGACUACACCAUGGAGCACGGGGCCACGCGCAACUUCCAGGCCGAGAAGCUCCUGGAGGAGGAGGAGAAGCGGAUACAGAAGGAGAGGGAGGACGAGGAGCUGAACAACCCCAUGAAGGUGCUGGAGAACCGGACCAAGGACUCGAAGCUGGAGAUGGAGGUGCUGGAGAACCUGCAGGAGCUCAAGGACCUCAACCAGCGCCAGGCCCACGUGGACUUCGAGGCCAUGCUCCGGCAGCACCGCAUGUCGGAGGAGGAGCGGCAGAAGCAGGAGCAGGAGGAGGACGAGCGGGAGACAGCGGUGCUGGUGGAGGAAGCUCGGAAACGAAGGCUUCUGGAAGACUCUGACUCAGAGGAGGAGGUGGCAGCUCCCACCCUGCCCCGGUCAGCCCCGCGGCCCAAUCCUACCGCCAUCCUCGAUGAGGCCCCAAAAGCCAAGAGGAAGGUGGAGAGUUGGGAGCGGAGUGUCGGCACCCUUGGCACCAGGCCUCGAAUGUCGGGCCUGGUCAUUGUGAAGAAAACCGACCCGGAUGCCAGCACCCCAAAGGACCAGGGGGCUCCUGCCACCGGCUCCGUGAAGAACGGGUCAGCGGCUGACCGUGCCUCCCCGCGGCCCGUGUCCUCCUCCCUGAGCCAGCUGGGGGCCUAUUCCGACAGUGACGACAGUAAUGGCAGCAGCUGAGCCCGCACCCUCGACGCCCCCGCGGGCACCCGCUCACGGCCUAGCCCGCAUAGCUGUCCAGCGCCAGCCGCUGGCCAGCAGAAGCCUUGGGCCCGGCCACAGGCAGGAUGGUCCCAGACUCAGCCCACUGUCCCUCCUGUUCCCCCACACACGUGCCAGCCCCGCAGGACCUCGGGUCCCGGCCUUCUUCCCAUCCCCUGGGCUUGGGGGUCACAGCCGUCUUUCUUGUCAGAGCCGGCGGCAGCCAAGGAAACAGCACGGCCGGGUGGAGGGGUGUCGGCGCCCUUGGCCCCCGCGCCAGAACACACCCGUCCUGGCACCCUCGCCCUGAGGAUUCGGUGUUUUUUUUUUUUUGGUUUUGGGGCCAUGCCCAGCAGUGCCCGGGGCUGAGUCCUGGCUCUGUGCUCAGGGAUCACUCCUGGCGGGGCUCGGUGUGGGGCGCCAGGGAUCGAACCCGGAUCGGCCGAGUACAAGGCAAGUUCCCUCUCUGCUGUCCUGUCACUCCAGCCCCGGGAAUAAAUGUCUGUGCUUGAA